CAAUUAGACAAAAAUAAGCGCAGAUUUCGGGUGCGAGGUCUGAGCCACGAGACCAAAAGCGACUCAAACGGUGCAAACAGUGAGCAAAAGUUUGUUAAUGAGAACAAUGAGCCAAAGCCUGUGAAGCGGAUCCGAUCGAGUAGUGGUGAUUCGCCAACAAAUGCCAAUAAAUGCAUAUCCCAUCAAAUUAGUCACUCAAAUGUGGUCCGAAGUCGAAGUGAUAGUUAUUUGUUUGAAGAGAAUGCAUAUAAAAUCCAGAAUCGCAACCAGGGUCAUUCUGUGAGCACUAAAUUUAAAUCUGACAACAGAUCCGAUUUAGUGAACAGAUGUCGAUCUCUUGAAUAUUUCGAUAACCGAAACGAGUCUCCGAUUUGGUCGGAAUCAUCGGUCAGUCGGAGUCCUUCGCCCACACAUUCAAAUGCAAUUGAAAAUAAUAGUCUAAAAGACUCGCCAAUGAAUCUGGAAUCUGGUCUUCAGUGCAAUAACAGUAUCACCGAUUGUGUCCUCAUUGGCGGCACAAAUAAGGGCUGGACUUCAGAAAGUGCUUUCAUAUUAUGGCGAAGAAUGUUGGGUGUGUUGGGAGAUAUCAACCAAUUAACGAACCCUCAGAUUCACGCCCAGGCCAUGGAAUGUCUGGUAAAAGUGGUCGAAGACUUAAUCAAAGUUAAAGAGAAUUUAGGCGUUUCUCUUGAGAAUCAAGUGCCCAAUGCUUUGUUAGAGCCUCCGCUCCAAUACUUCACUUCAUGGCUCUUCAAAGCCACACAAUUGCCAAAUGAGUUCAAAGCGGGAAAACUUUUGGCCUACAAAUUGUUGUGCAUUAUAGCCAUCAGACGUAAUGAGAACCAACCGUCGAAAGAGUUCUUGUCUUUGUUUUACUUAACCCUAAGACAAGGAUUGAUAUCCUAUGACAUGGAAAUAACGAGUACUUUAAUCAAGUACUGCGGACCCAAAUUCUUUUCCAUUGGUUUACCCGGAUCUUCGUGUUUGCUCUUUGACUUCAUAAACGCCGCCAAUUCUAUUGUCUCGUCGCAGGAAAAUAAAUUACCCCGCGGAGAGGCACUACACCUCUUGGGAUCACUCAUUGGUUUUAACAAUGUCUUCAGUAAUGUAUUGGUACUUAAGUCGCAAACAACUCAGCCGUGUCUCAUGUCUUAUAAAGAUUCAAAGUACUGCGGACCCAAAUUCUUUUCCAUUGGUUUACCCGGAUCUUCGUGUUUGCUCUUUGACUUCAUAAACGCCGCCAAUUCUAUUGUCUCGUCGCAGGAAAAUAAAUUACCCCGCGGAGAGGCACUACACCUCUUGGGAUCACUCAUUGGUUUUAACAAUGUCUUUAGUAAUGUAUUGGUACUUAAGUCGCAAACAACUCAGCCGUGUCUCAUGUCUUAUAAAGAUUCAAAGGAUCACGUUUUGGAUAUUUUGCUGAAUUCAAGUAAAAGAGAACAGACAGGUUUGGGUCGUUCCAUAGCACUGAGCAGUUUAGGGCUAUUCCUAUACCAAGAGCUCUAUAACCGUACGAAUCACCCGCGACUCAGAGAAAUUACAAAUGUGUUGAUCGCCGGCACUCGCGUUUCUCUCAAAGUUCCCAAAUUAAUUACUAAUUCCGAUAACUCUAACCCUUCGAAGUUUAAUAAUCGUGUCUUAUGUCGUGUGGCGUGUGAUAUGUUGCGCCUCCAAACCGAUCACUCGACUUACCUUCUGGACAGUCAUCCGGAGAUAUCAAAGAAGAUAAUCGAAGGCUUGUGUUCUACUCUUAUGAGUCACUUCUCUUUGGUUCAGAACCAGAAUAUGUUUAAAGAAUACAAAAAUAUUUUGUUGACAAUAAUGUUUUGUUUGGCCGACUGGUGUCUAUCGGUUCCCAAAAUAUUUUUAGAGCGAACGACAACUUCUGAAAACACGUCGGAAUCGAUGAUGAGUUUAGUUUUGCGCUGCUUUUCAACGAUAGCUAACUCUGACGUGAAAAAUAAGAAGUUCUCGACUCCGACGACACCGACUGAACAGGAAAUUGAUUACACCAUUCAUGCGGACAAUUCUCCAGAAUCUGGUAUUAGUCCCAACCCUUCGCCACGAAAGCGUGUCAUAAACGCCGGCGACGACAACAGGACUCAAGUGAAUGUUGAGCUUAAGGAGGAUAUCGACGCGAAUACCAUUCGUUUGGCCGCUAAUCUCAUUAUCGGACAUUUUAUUAACUUUUACGGACACUUCCCACAGCAGGGUUUGGGCGCCGCCCGUCUCAGUUGUCUUAUCAAUGAAAACGACGACAAUCUAAGGCUUUCAAACACAGAGACCUUUGAUCUCGAAGUUCUUAACGCUCCCAACGUAUUGUUUUUCUUAAUCAACAAUUCAAGUAUUAUAUCAUUCACUGAAUUACCCGAAGAGACUAAUGGAAAAGAAAACGAUUUGUCGCUAACCCUCUCGAAAACACCCGUUCGGGCCAUUGUUCGCAACCUUUUGGGAAAGUUUUCAUUGGAUUGCAAACAAUUUCAGUCAAACGUCAAAACUGAACACAAUUUCUUCAACAAAUGGUUUACAUCUGAUUUAGAAACAGAAAAGCGAAACAAAAGCUAUAGAGAUAGCUAUGAAUUUGACGAGAGAUCGCAAAGUGUUGGCUCCAAAGUGGAUAACUUGGAAGGACUCAUACAACACAUUACGAACACAAGUCCUGAAUGUAUUACUAUUGGCGAUAAUAACGCCAAUUCAUUGAAUUUACUUCAAGAGGCGUCAGAUAUGAUGGCAUUACUGAUGAACCAACACAUCCAAGAGAGUUGUUAUGUCGAAGAGGGCUCUUCCAGAAAGUUAUCGCUUAAAUCAGAGAGCGAUUCCCAAUCGUCGUCCAUAUCAUCACAGAUGGCAAGAGUGGAGUCGGCGUUCAAACACUGUCGACAACUCGUGGAUCAGAUGGGGUUCUUGUUUUGGGAGAAACGCAAUCGAAUUGAUUUGUUGAGUAAAAACCAGAACUUUGUGCGAGAGAUCCGUAAUCUGGAUCAUCAGAAUUGUCGCGAAACACAUAAAAUUGCUGUCAUUUAUGUGGCCAAAGGACAGGAGGACAAGGAGUCCAUUCUAUCCAACUCUACCGGAAGUAAAGCAUUUGAAGAGUUUGUAUCGGGUCUGGGAUGGGAAGUCAAUCUCGAAACACAUUUGGGUUUCAGAGGGGGUCUACAGCAGAACAAAAGCACCGGCAAAUCGGCGCCAUAUUAUGCCAAUUCUCUUAUGGAAGUCAUAUUCCAUGUGUCGACCAGAAUAUCAAAUCCAGACGACGAACAGAUGAUGACUAAAAAGAUGAGACAUUUAGGCAACGAUGAGAUACAUAUCGUAUGGUCGGAGCACUACAGAGAUUACAGGCGCGGCAUCAUUGCCACCGAGUUCUGCGACGCCCUUAUAGUGAUCUACCCUUUGGUUUCGUAUCAAAAUCUAUAUUACAUACAGAUUUCGCGCAAAUCCGAGGUUCCCUUCUUUGGUCCCCUAUUUAACGGAGCGGUCGUUCCCAAAGACAUUUUGGCGCCUUUAGUGCGCGCGACGGCUCUGAACGCGAGUCGAGCCAAACGAAUGCAUAUUCCGUAUUAUCUCAACUUCUUUGAAGAGCGCUUUCGAUCCAUUGAAUCCAUUGUGAAGAACUGCAAAGAGGAGACCACUUUCGAGGACUUCUCCUCAAAGAUAUAUUCGCCAAAAGAGUUGGACGUUUCGCGACCCCUGUCCGGUAUGUCCACUGCUGUCGACUCGAUGUCCAUCGCAUCCAAUGCCAACAAUUCAAUGAAUUAUACGGAUGGACAGCAAAGUCCGCAAAGACGUAACCGACCCUUAAGUCUGAAUAAUUCUGAACAACGAAAUAGUUUUAACAAAAGU